CGCGCAUAAUGAUGAGCCCAUGGAACAGUCGGAUGUGAACGCGCUUUUUCCUUCCGUUUGUGAUCGACCCCCACUUUACCAUAUCUAAUCAACUGCCAUCGAUCGGCGCAUCUCACCUCAAGAGACAGAAACCCAAGCGGACUCUACGAUAUUUGCUCAAGUGCUCUCCAGUCGGUGUUAAGGAGGGACGAGAGGACCGUCUGCGCUUCUCCGCAUCAUCCUCUUCCUCGCGUUGCCGAUUCCCCAUCACAAUGGCUCUGACCAUUUGCACCAGAUUUACGGACGAAUAUCAGCUUUAUGAGGAGCUCGGAAAGGGAGCGUUUUCUAUUGUGAGACGAUGCGUGAAAAUAUCAUCCGGCCAAGAGUACGCUGCCAAAAUCAUCAACACGAAGAAGCUUUCCGCCAGGGAUCACCAGAAGUUGGAGAGAGAGGCCAGAAUUUGCCGUCUCUUGAAACACCCGAAUAUUGUGCGACUUCAUGACAGCAUAUCGGAGGAAGGCUUCCAUUACCUAGUUUUUGAUCUGGUUACCGGAGGUGAGCUGUUUGAAGAUAUUGUAGCGAGAGAAUAUUACAGCGAAGCUGAUGCAAGUCACUGCAUUCAGCAGAUUUUGGAGAGCGUUCAUCACUGCCAUGUCAAUGGGAUCGUCCACCGGGAUCUGAAGCCUGAGAAUUUACUGUUGGCAAGUAAGAUGAAGGGAGCUGCAGUUAAGCUCGCUGACUUUGGUUUGGCCAUUGAGGUCCAGGGUGAUCAGCAGGCAUGGUUUGGUUUUGCUGGUACACCAGGUUAUCUGUCCCCAGAGGUUUUGAGAAAAGAUCCAUAUGGCAAACCUGUAGACAUGUGGGCCUGUGGUGUUAUUCUCUACAUCCUGCUUGUUGGAUAUCCGCCAUUUUGGGAUGAAGACCAGCAUCGCCUCUACCAGCAGAUCAAGGCUGGCGCCUAUGACUUUCCCUCCCCUGAGUGGGACACGGUGACCCCCGAAGCUAAAGAUCUGAUUAAUAAGAUGUUGACCAUCAACCCUUCCAAACGCAUCACGGCUUCCGAAGCUCUCAAACACCCAUGGAUCUGCCAACGCUCAACUGUAGCCUCCAUGAUGCACAGACAGGAGACUGUUGAGUGCUUGAAGAAGUUCAAUGCCAGAAGAAAGCUCAAGGGUGCAAUUUUGACCACUCUGCUGGUCACAAGAAACUUCUCAGCAGCCAAAACCUUGUUGAACAAGAAGACAGAUGGUGUGAAGGUUAACAACAAAACCAACCUAGCCAGCGGCCCCAAAGACACAGGCCCAGCCCCAGCACUGGAGCCACAAACUACCGUGAUCCACAACCCAGUGGACAGAAACAAGGAAUCUACAGAGAGUGUCAACACUACUAUCGAGGACGAGGACCUCAAAGCUUGCCAAGUUAUCAAUAAAGCUCGAAAGCAGGAGAUCAUAAAGGUGACCGAGCAGUUGAUCGAGUCCAUCAACAACGGCGACUUUGAGGCUUACGCAAAGAUUUGUGAUCCUGGUUUAACUUCUUUUGAGCCAGAAGCGCUGGGAAAUUUGGUGGAGGGACAUGAUUUCCACAGGUUCUACUUUGAUAAUGCAUUGUCUAAAGGUAAUAAACCUGUACACACUAUACUACUGAACCCCCACGUGCACCUGAUCGGCGAGGAUGCGGCGUGCAUUGCCUACAUCCGUCUGACUCAGUACAUGGACGGGAGCGGGAUGCCGCGCACCAUGCAGUCAGAGGAAACCCGUGUGUGGCACCGCCGAGAUGGAAAGUGGCUUAACAUUCACUUCCAUCGCUCCGGAGCCCCCAGCGUGCCCAUCAAUUAAUGGAAUAUUAAGCUUGAGUUCCCCCUGUCGAGGAGUAACCAUCACCCAACUGUCUGUCAAUCAAGCUGGAGGAGUGUCUCCUAAGUCCACCUGCUUCCAUCCCUUCACGCCCUUCUCCCUUUCUCGUCAAGGCGCACAUGGACCAUAGAGUUGAAACAUUUUGUCAGAGGUCAUCACCUACACCGAAACCCGUGGGCAAUUCGCAAAUGUGGACAUUAAUAAAAGGAGUGUAUUUUUAACAUUUUAUUUUCUGUUUCUUUUUUUAAGCCGUUUUGGUAUUCAUUUUAAAUGUAUAGAUAUGUAAAGAGAAUCACCUUUCCCCAAGUCUGUACUGUAUUUUUAUGUCUGUGUGUUCAAUAUAUCAAAUUUUGAAAGAUAAGAAUGUUGAUAUUAAGCUUGCUAUCGUUCUGGUGAUGUACAUAUGUUGUGAUCGUUCAGAUAAAAAAACGCAAAAAUAAAAAAAUAUUUUAAAAAUACGUACUUUAAAUUCUGGCUUACAGCUAAAUGAAAACAUUUACGUAUACGCUGUCGAAGAUAUUUGUUUAUAUUCUCUAGCUUAAAAUGUUUGGCUCCUUAAUGAUUCCAAUUUUUUUGAUUUAUGAGAAUUGCUAAAUACUAAUAUGUUUACCUUAAUGUCAUAGAAUAUGAGAAGAAACAGAAGAGAAUGUAGCAUAUAUGAUACAUCAAACUGACAAGCAUUGGGUAAUUCAUGGAGGACUAUGUUUUUGAAUGAUCAUGGUUUUGUUUUUUGUUUUUCUCUUACGUUGUGUAAUGGCUUCCAUAUCGAAAUGUUUGUUUUAUUUUUAUCAGAUCUGUUACGGUAAUGAUGAUAGAGGCUAUUAUCAUUAUGACCCGACAUAUCUUAAAUUAUCACCCUACCUUCAGAUCUACGUAGCUUAUUUUUCCUAUAAUGAGUGGCUGUGAAACUAUUAUCCUUUGACUUUAUAUCAUGGCUGUAUGAGAAGAGAAAUUUACAGUAAGUAGCUUAUAAGAAACUACAUGUAUCAUUUCAGGCAUAUUUGUGCUUUUUAUUGAUGUUUGUUUUGCUAAUGGCAAGAAGAGCGAAAGCAGGCCAAGGCUGAUUUUCAAGCAUGCACACUGCCCUCAGUGGCGACAUCGUGUCUGUGCGCCACUAAAUUGGAAGAUGAUGUCAUAGAGAUGGUGAUGUCAGAACGGUCUUCCUUGAGGAAAAACCUCAUCAUUACUGGACUAUGCCAAUGCCAUAUACUUCUUUCUGUUUUUUUUCCAUUUCAUUUCUCUUUUAAAGACAUUUCCUCAGAAACCUCAAAGCCAAUAUGAGGGUGCGAAACACAUCAUUUGUUGCCAUGGUGGCGCUAGCAAAGCAACAUAUUUAAUGAAAAUUACAAUAAAGGUGUCAUAUGUACUGAA